AACGCUUUGCUCUCCUCUUGCAGAAAUGCAUGAAGUUCAACGUGGACGCCCCCAUAUGGCUGUCUAAGCAGCAGAUCCUGUGCACCCUCAACCAGAGCCUGAAGGAUGUGCUCAACUACGGCCUCUUCCAGCCCGCGUACAACGGCAAGGCGGGCAAGUUCCUGGACGAGGAGCGACCUCUGCGGGAGUACCCCUUUCCCUCCAUCGCCCCGGUGCCAUACCUGGAGGUGGGCAGCCUUCUACUGUUUAUGUUCUGUUUUAUUCACUAAACAAGCAAUGAAUCA